GCGGCGGUGUUUGUCUGUCCCUGAGGCCGGCUCAAGCCCAGCGCCACACAGGCACCUAGUCUGGCGGCGCCGAUGUGGGUUCCCUCCAGCGAUGACCCUCUCCCUCAGCAUCGUGCUAAAGUCCGGCUCCUGGAUCCGUUCAGCUCUUGGAUAGCGUUCCCCGCAAGCAUUCCGACAAGGCACAGGUAGCGGGGUGGUGGGGGUGGGUGGGGUGGGGUGGCUGCCAAUCACUACACCGGGAUCCUACCCGGGCUGGAUUACCCUGGAUAACAAGGAGCAAGAUCUCAAAACCCCUGGACGCCAACAUAAAGGGGCAGAAAGUAACACAACACGGGACGGGGAACUCUUUGCAAUCUGUGGCGCCUACUUUCCAUUCAACUUGCAUCUCUCCAAGGUUCUUUUAUAACCUGAAUGAGGAAUUUGGAGACUUGAAAGGGGGAUCCCGACCAUUGCACACCUGUAGCCGGCCUAGAGCCAUAAGGACACUCCGUGUGAAGCCAGGACUAUGCUGCCAGAAUGUUGGCCAGGAAGAGCAUCAUCCCAGAGGAGUACGUCCUGGCCCGGAUCGCGGCUGAGAACGUCCGACAGCCCCGCUACACCGUGCGCCCUCGCCAGCCCCGCUUCAUUGACAAGAACGGCGCCUGCAACGCGGCUCACAAGAACAUCCAAGAACAAGGUCGCUUCCUGCAGGAUGUCUUCACCACGCUGGUGGACCUGAAGUGGCGUUACACCCUCUUCAUCUUCACCAUGUCCUUCCUCUGCAGUUGGCUGCUCUUCGCCAUGAUGUGGUGGCUGGUGGCUUUCGCCCACGGAGACCUGGACCACGGGCAGAGCUCGACCUUCGAGCCGUGCGUCACCAAGGUGAGAUCCUUCACCUCGGCCUUCCUCUUCUCCAUCGAGGUGCAGGUCACCAUCGGCUUCGGCGGCAGGAUGAUGACCGAGGAGUGCCCCACGGCCAUCACCGUGCUCAUCAUGCAGAACAUCUCGGGCCUGAUCAUCAACGCCGUCAUGCUGGGCUGCAUCUUCAUGAAGACGGCUCAGGCUCACCGCAGAGCGGAGACGCUGAUCUUCAGCCGGCACGCAGUGGUCGGCCUGAGGAACGGCAAGCUCUGCUUCAUGUUCAGGGUGGGCGACCUGAGGAAGAGCAUGAUCAUCAGUGCCUCGGUCAGGAUGCAGGUAGUGAAGAAGACCACCACCACCGAGGGAGAGGUCAUCCCGAUCCACCAGAUCGACAUCCUGGUGGACAACCCCAUCGACACCAACAACAUCUUCCUGGUGGCGCCGCUCACCAUCUGCCACGUUAUAGACAAGCGGAGCCCUCUCUACGACAUCUCGGCCAGCGACCUGCAGAACCAGAACCUGGAGGUGAUCGUCAUACUGGAAGGAGUGGUGGAGACCACCGGCAUCACCACUCAGGCCAGGACGUCCUACAUCGCCGAGGAGAUCUUGUGGGGCUACCGCUUCGUCCCGAUCGUGACCGAGGAGGACGGGACCUACUCGGUGGAUUACUCCAAGUUCGGCAACAGGGUCAAGGUGGCCACUCCUCGCUGCGCCGCCCGGGAGCUGGAUGAGAAACCGUCCAUCCUGAUCCAAACCCUGCAGAAGAGCGAGCUCUCGCACCAGAACUCCCUGAGGAAACGCAGCUCCAUGAGGCGAAACAACUCAAUGAGGAGGAACAACUCCUCUCUUAUGGUCCCCAAAGUCCAAUUCGUUACUCCCGAAGGCAAUAUUGAUGCUGCUGAUUCCGAGUUUAAUUGAUGCAUUGCAGGAAUUCACUGCUGAGUUUAGUUCUCCAUCUAUGAGCUAAUAAGCAAACAAUUUACAUGCCACUUGGAAUUUUUGCCAUUCCCCUUCACAUCGAAAUAUAACUUAACCAAGCAACACACAAAACGCUGGAGGAACUCAGCAGGUCGGGCAGCAUCUGUGGAGGGGAAUGGGCAAUCGACAUUUCAGGUCGAGACCCUUCACCUGGACUGAUUGAACCAAAUAUGACUCUUUUAAGAACGGUUCAGUACCAACCUCUUUGCUUUUGCCCUUUAGUAUUGAACGUGAGAUUGCUACAUCGAUUUAUCGGAAGCUUUGGUGUCUGUCGACAGUUGCAUAUUUGAACUUAGCAACCGAUUUUGUUUACACUAGUUCACUUGAUUUCUUAGUACAGCGGCACUAUAGCAUUAACAACACGAGCAAGGACUGUAAUUUUUUUUUUAAAAAAGCGAGCUACAGGGGGAACUCAGCGGGUCAGACAGCAUCUGUGGAGGGAGGUGAACAGUUCACAUUUCGGGUCGACACCCUUCAUCUGGACUGGAUGAAGGAUCCUCCAGCAGCUCGUUUUUUGCUCCAGAUUACAGCAUGUGCAGUUUCUUGUGUCUCCAGGGACCGUAAUAGCUUUAGAUAGUUGGGAUACGGUCGUUUGAAAUUUUUCAAUGAUCCUUCCAGAAACGUUUAUAACAAUUAAUUAGCACAAACUUGAUAGACAGAGGCUUUCACAUUAAAAAAAUACAGCAAUCCUUUACUCUGUCCAUAGAAUUGGGUUCUGGAGUAUGGGAUAAUGUAAGUUACCUUGAAAAUUAGUUGGAACCAUUGUGAAAUGCACUGUUCCAACUCUCCAAUCUGCUUUCCACGCAGUGUAGGUAAGGCCGAGGAGAACAAUUUGUGAUGACUUGCAUGCACUGAGUUUUUCUCUCUGCUGCUAACAUCGAAAAGUUUGAAUUCAGGUAGUGUUUUCUACUCACUUAACCAUUAUUGCUUGGUUUUAAGAUUGACCGGGAAACUAAAAUUUGGCUUCUGUAAUGGAUUUACACUCUAGUAUAAAGUUCCUUCCCUGCCUCAAGAGUUUCAGACCAUGAUCCUAAAUGUAUAAUUUGGUCUGGUGGUUAAUGGUAACCUAGUGCUUUUCCGUAAGAGUUCCUAUCAUGUAGCAUCAUAUGGGAGUUAUGAAUGUCAAAGUCGAGUUUAUUGUCAUCUGUACAAGUACACGUAUGCAGAGGUGCAAUGAAAAACUUACUUCCAGCAGCAUCACAGGCACAUAGCAUCAUAUCAGCAGCAUUCACAAAAAAUACAUAAAUUAAACACAAUUUUUACAAGAAAGAACACAAUUGGAACAAAAAAAUCAAAGUCCAUUUUAGUGCAAAGUGAUCAAAGUGGUCAUAGUGUUGCUAUACUGAGGUAGUGAUUAGGGUUGUGCAGGUUGGUUCAAGAACCAAAUGGUUGAAGGGAAGUAGCUGUUCUUGAACCUGGUGGUGUGGGACUUCAGGCUUCUGUACCUCCUGCCUACUGGUAGCUGUGAGAAGAUGGUAUGGCCCUGAUAGUGGAGAUCUUUGAUGAUGGAUGUUGCCUUCUUGAGGUAGCACCUCCUGUAGAUACAACUGAUGGUGGGGAGGGAUGUGCUCGUGAUGUAUUAGACUGAGUCCACAACUCUUGUUGUUUCCAAUAUUCCCCUGCAUUCAAAUUGAGUAGGCAACAUGCACUUGGCCCAUAUGUACCCCACCCACCCCCUCAACCACGCUUGAGGGAGUUGUGGGGUCAGAGCUGAAUUUUCCCAAAGUUUUUUUCUUUUCUGUCCUUGAUUUAAUUUCCAGUUCAGAGAUGAGUGAAAAGUCCAGGUUGACACUUCAGGACUGCACCGGUACACUGUUGGAGGCACCUUCUUUCAGAUGAGUUUGUGUCUGUUCUUUCAGUGGAUAGAAUAACCCCAUGCUAUUAUUCUGAACAAAAGUAGACCAGUUAUCCCUCAUAUCUUGGCUGAUAUUUAUUCCUCAAUCAAGCAUGAAUUAAAAAAAUUCACAUUGAUAUUUGUGGGAUCUUGCAGUGGGCAAAUUGGGUGGUACGGUAGUGUAGCAGUUAGCGUAACGUUAUUACAGUGCCAGUGACCCGGGUUCAAUUCCCAACACUGUCUGUAAGGAGUUUGUAUGUUCUCCCCAUGUCUGCGUGGGUUACCUCCUGGUGCUCUGGUUUCCUCCCACAUUCCAAAGACGUACGGGUUAGGAAGUUGUGGGCAUGCUAUGCUGGCGCCGGAAGCGUGAUGACACUUGCAGGCUGCCCCCAGCACAUUCUCAGUAAUGCAAAAAGAUGCAUUUCAUUAUGUGUUUCAAUGUACAUGUGACUGAUAAAUAAAUAUCUUAUAAGUUAUAUGUCUCCUUUGUCACAGAGAGAGUGCACAUCCAAAGUACUUCAUUGGCUGUGAGUUGCUUUUGGCAUGAGCUAGAGAUAUGAAAGGCACAACAUGACUGCAAGAACUUUUACUUACACUGAAAAAUUUGUGACAAUCCUACACUUAUAGUAACUGUGCUCAGUUACCCCAGACUAGAGGUUGCAAGUUUUCCUUGGUAUUACUACAUAAAGGGCUGGAGCACAGGUACAGUCCUGCUACCCAAAUUCACUGCAUUAGCCUGCCCAUAUCUGCGCUUACCUGGGACACAAUUAAGGGGUCUCUCUCUUUGGCCCUCUUACACUUGGGAGUGUGGCAUCAUGGUCUAGAUAGCAACUGGUCCUCAGGAGGUGCAGUUUGGAAGACUGCCCAUGAUUGCCUUUGACAGCUGCUAAAGCUGGGGUAGAACAUUGCCAAAUCAGAGUCACACAGCACAGAAACAGACCCUUCAGGCCACCAUAACCACACCAACCAUUGGGCACCCACUUACACCAAUCCUACACUAAUCCCAUUUUAUUCACCCCACAUUCCCAUCAACGUCUCCAGAGUCUACCACUCACCAACAUAGUAGGGGUUAUUUACAUGAGCUAAUUAACCUGCCAACCUGCACGUCUUUGGGAUGUGGAAGGAAACUAGAGCACCUGGAAGAAACCCACACAGUCAUAGGGAGAAUGUGCAAACUCCACACAGACAGCACCGGAGGUCAGGAUCAAACCUGGGUUGGUGGAGCUGUGAGGCAGUGGCUCUACCAGGUGUGCCACUGCACUGUGCAAUUGCCACUGAUUGUGAGUUUUUAAAAGGUCAAUAACUCAGAGGCUGAAAAACUACUGACUGAAGUAGAUAAUUAAAUAAACCUUUUGAACAAUAAAAGUUAACCAAAUGCUCAUAAAAUCAUAUAAUUAAAACAUUAAACCAAGGCAAAAUAUUCUUUCAAAAGUAACAUACCUACUCUUCCUUAGCUUUACAAUCCCUACUGAAUACAGUGUGGUGUGAGACCCUGUGCUGAAUCUGACUGGGUGCAGGGUCUAGAGUCAUCGAGUCAUACAGCACAGAAACAGGUCAGAUUGUGGAAUCUGCACCAUUUGCCCUAAUCUUACACUAAUCCCAUUUUUUCCCAUCUGAUGAUUCUCUGGUGUAGGCUGGGGAAUCCUCCAACUUCCUGGCCCAUUAAAUUGCAGCCUUCUGCAUUUUUGGGACAUGAACAUGGAAAUCUGGGACUUCAGUUUUAGUGAUCAUUACAGCAGGUUUACGUCAGUGUAAUCCAGCCCAAUUCUCUUUGCAAUGAAAAUUAAAGAACAUGCUUUAACAUUUAUUUACUUAGUUAAUGAAUGAUCCAUUUUGCACACUUCAUACAAGUGGAGAAUGUUAUAUCUCAAUUAAUUAAUGUUGAUCAUCUUAAAAUAUCUGGAAAGUUACAGCAAAUGUUGAAUUGAAUAUAGUCUGACACAGGCUGAUAAUGUACAGUGAGCCAAACUGUAUAAUUUAGUGGGUGACAUAUUGCUAGAGACCUCUUGAAUUGUAUCACAUUUGCUGUGGCCAGUAAAGAUGUUUCUCUAUGGGGAGGAGUGGUGUGGGAGAUCAGAUUUGAUCCCAGUUCACAAGAUCCAAUGGCAUCACUUUGAACAAGAGCACAGCAGUAUUCUCCAGUCUCAUUGCUUAAUACAGGUUACCUCAUUCUGGGUGUGUGGAAUUUCAUUGUAUGCAAAUUAUCCACCAUGUCCCCUGCAUGCCAAAUGUACUUUGAUGUCUAUGAAACAUCUUGGACACACAUGCAGGCCCUCAAACCUUCUCCUCCCCUCCCAUACACUUCAGGGCCACUUUCUGGCUCAAUCCCAUAUCUUUCCACUUCCUAAGAACACAAAAUUCCAGCGAUCUCGACCUUGAAUAUACUCAAUAAGUAUCCAUAGCCCACCGAAGUGAAGGUUCCGAAGACUUACAACACUCCACAUGAAGACAUUUCUCUUCAUUUGGGGCUUUAACAUGUGAUCCUUUAUUCUAAGACUAGGCCCUUUAGUUCUUUAUUCUCCAGUUGGAGGAAAUGGUCUCUUAGCAGCUACAAUGUUGAGAUAACCCAAGGAUUCCUUUAUAUGUGAACAAAACCAUCUCUUACUCUUCUAAACUCCAAUAUGUGUAUAUUACUAUCAUAUACUAAGGAACAUAAGGAAAGCUGUA